AUGAACAUCAGAGAACCUCCUAAGCCUGCGGCUAUACUUGCGACACCGCUUAAUGUGGAGGAGAGCAGGGCUCAGAGGUUGCAGCGUUCACAGGCGCGGUUUCGGGACAGAGGCGGCAUAUUUGUGCCUAGCAGCCGCAGUAAGCUUGCGGACAUCCUCCUGGGCAAGGCGUCCCCCUUGAAGAAACCUCGUCGUAGCGUUUCCGCCUCUCCGACACCACACCCCCGAAUAUUAACUCAUGGAGCUGCCGAAGGCGUAAAGCGUGGAUUGAGCAAUGCCACUAGACAAAGUCCGCGUAAAAAACCCCGGAAGUCGACUCAUGCAGGGCGGGACGUUGAUGGCGAGGACCGGGAUGAUGACGGCGGCCCUUCAGGACUUACUUCGGCCAAAGUGCCAAAAGCGGCAUCCAAAGGCAAGGGGAAGUCAAAGAAAAAGCUGCCCAUUACACACACUGGAGAAGAAGAUGUGCAGUCGGGUAAAACCGUUGUACCUCCUAAGAAGUCGUCUAAAGCUGCUCCGAAGAAGACUGCCAAGAAGAACGCUUCCACAUCUUCAAAACCUCCCUCGAAGGGGUCGAAGCCUUCGAGGAAACCCAAGGACACUGGCUCGAGAGGUGAUGGAGAGGACCGGCCAAAAUCGAAGGCGAAGAGGUCCACCGCCGAAUCCAAGGCUAUAGUCGCAGCGCAUCCACCUGUUUUCAUAUCGACAGUUACAACACAAACUAUCUCCAAGACUAAACCCAUUUCAACAUCCGGCACUACGUUAUCAGCCAACAAGCCCCUGUUCUCGCGACGUCGCAAAUCCUCACAGGUCGACUCAGAUUCCUCUGAGGACGAGUAUGUUCCAAGCAAAGGAACGCAGAAGGAUGUCGAGGAACUGCACCAGGCGCGAGCGGCUAAAGCGGCUGCACGAGCAAAAGCGAAAGCUAAGGCGCAGGCUUCGGGCAAAUCAGCCAGCACCUCUGCACCAUCCUCGAGCAAGAGCAGCGCACCGCCCUCGAAGCCGCCUGUAAAGGCGCCACCAGAGAAGAGUCGCCCUGGUGCACCCCAGCUUUCUGCCAUCAUCGAAGAGGACGAGGAGGACGAGGUUCCACCCGUCCCUCCGUCGAAAUCGUCAUCCGCGAAAGGGAAGGAGAAGGAAAGAGAGAAAGAAAAGGCUUCGGCCUCCAGAGUCACGUCGUCCAGCUCAAGCUCAAGCAAGAAACGGCACGCGGACGAGGCCGAUCUCGACGUCGAACCCUCUUCGAAGUCCAAGCGGUCCAAGUCUACCAACUCUAAGGAAUCUACCAAGGUAUCGAAGAAACGGCCUCGCCCUACAGAGCCAGAUGAAGACAAUGCUGACGACGGGACCGACGCCUCUGGGAAGACUAAGAAACCUGCGAAGCGGAAGAAGGCGAGCAAGGGCGAGGAUGAGGAAGUGGACGAAGAAAGACAACCCAUGAGGAAACUCCCUGCUUCCUCGAAAACCAAGUCGUCGACGGAGGGUAAGGGCAAAGGAAAGGGCAAGCCACGGUCGGCUUCCCAGCGGCCUACGAAGACCGCGAAACGCAAAGAGAAUUCGGUCGGCCCGCCAUCCGCUGUCCCUCCUGCCCCAGCACCCAAAGUUGCCUCCCAACGAGGUCCACCCAAGAGCGUACUCCUCCGGAUCCAGCAAAACGCCAAGCUGGAGGACGUCGACAACGACCCAGAUCCUAUUGAUUUCCUUUCAUGA